CAGAAUAAACAAAAUAAUAGUGCUCUAUAAGUGCCUCCAACCGACGCUAUCAAACAGCUGUGCUCCCUACUCGGUGUAUAUUAGUUAGUUGUUGGCGUUUUUUCACUACACAGUCUUCUGCUAUCGAAUCAAGUCAAUCAGUUGGCGUCCAAACAUAAAAGCAACCGGUCUAUUGGAAUAUAUUUAGAAAACAGAAAUAUAAAUUCAAUACACAAGUGAACACGCUUCCAGCGAGUGAGAGUGUACAAAUAAUAUAUUGUUUACCGAUCACGAAAACAUUCUACAUUUUAAGUUUGGCUGUGUAAAUAACUCAUAUAAUUCCAUAAUGGAUCCAAUGCAGGUUGAAGUGAAAAGUAUUGAUGAACUUUUUAAAUUAGAUGGUUAUUUAAAGCCAUUUGAACGUGAAAUACGACGCAGACAUGGCGUGCUUAAGGAGUGGAUCGGCAAAAUCGACCAGCUCGAAGGGGGCAUGGAUACAUUCUCACAGGGUUACAAAUAUUACGGAUUACAUUUCCAACCCGACAACUCUGUGAUUGCACGUGAAUGGGCGCCUGGUGCACAGCAAGUUUAUCUCACCGGUGAUUUUAAUAACUGGCAAUGGGAGGCGACACCUUUUAAGAAGCUCGAUUUCGGCAAAUGGGAAUUACAUUUGCCCGCCAAUGCCGAUGGCAGCGCGCCCAUCAAACAUCUCAGCGAGGUGAAGGUGAUAAUACGCAAUCAGGCUGGUCAUCUGUUGGAUCGUCUCUCACCGUGGGCCACAUAUGUGCGUCAACCACCAAAGGAGGCCAAUCAGGGUGUAAACUAUAAGCAGUAUGUGUGGAAUCCACCACCAACUGAACGCUACCUCUGCAAGCACCCACGUCCGAAGCAUCCCAAAUCGUUGCGCAUAUAUGAAUGCCAUGUGGGUAUUGCCUCGCAGGAGCCACGUGUUGGUUCAUAUCAGAAUUUCGCCGAUAAUAUAAUACCGCGCAUCAAGCGUCAAGGUUACAAUGCCAUACAGGUUAUGGCCAUUAUGGAGCACGCUUACUAUGCCAGUUUUGGCUACCAGGUGACCAGUUUCUUUGCCGCCUCCAGUCGUUAUGGCACGCCCGAAGAGUUGAAACGCAUGAUCGAUGUAGCGCAUGAACAUGGCUUGUAUGUGUUAUUGGAUGUGGUGCAUUCGCAUGCGAGUAAGAAUGUGCAGGAUGGUUUGAAUCAAUUUGACGGCACCAAUUCAUGUUAUUUCCAUGAUGGAGCGCGUGGAGAACAUUCACUAUGGGAUAGUCGACUCUUCAAUUAUGUAGAAUAUGAGGUGUUGCGCUUUUUGCUUUCCAAUUUGCGUUGGUGGCACGAUGAGUACUACUUCGAUGGCUAUCGGUUUGAUGGCGUCACUUCCAUGUUGUAUCAUUCACGCGGCAUUGGUGAAGGUUUCAGCGGUGAUUACAACGAAUAUUUUGGUCUAAAUGUUGAUACGGACGCAUUGAACUAUCUCGGUUUAGCCAAUUACAUGUUGCAUACACAAAAUCCAGAAGUCGUCACUAUCGCAGAAGAUGUAUCAGGAAUGCCUACACUCUGCCGUCCAGUCGACGAGGGCGGUAUUGGUUUCGAUUAUCGUCUUGCCAUGGCCAUACCAGACAAAUGGAUUGAGUUGCUGAAAGAGUUUACAGACGACGCCUGGAAUAUUGGUAACAUCGUGCACACGUUGACAAAUCGCCGUUGGAAGGAGAAUACUGUCGCCUAUGCUGAAUCUCAUGACCAAGCCUUGGUCGGUGAUAAAACGAUCGCCUUUUGGUUAAUGGAUAAAGAAAUGUACACACACAUGUCAACACUCUCUGAGCCGUCGUUGAUUAUCGAUCGCGGCCUUGCGUUGCACAAAAUGAUACGUUUGAUCACACAUGCACUUGGAGGUGAGGCAUACCUCAAUUUUAUGGGCAACGAAUUCGGCCAUCCCGAAUGGUUGGAUUUCCCACGUGUGGGCAAUAACGAUUCCUAUCAUUAUGCGCGUCGUCAGUGGAAUUUGGUUGAUGAUGCAUUAUUAAAGUACAAAUUUUUGAAUGAAUUUGAUCGUGCGAUGAAUGAGCUGGAAGAGCGCUACGGCUGGUUACAUUCAGAUCCGGCAUAUGUCAGCUGGAAGCAUGAAGGCGAUAAAGUGAUUGCUUUUGAACGCGCCGGCUUAGUGUUUGUGUUCAAUUUCCACCCCACACAAAGUUUUACUGGCUAUCGUGUUGGCACCAACUGGGCAGGCACUUAUCAGGCGGUGUUAAGUUCGGAUGAUGAACUCUUUGGCGGCCAAAAUCGUAUUGAUAAGGAUUGCAAGCAUUUAACACGAGCCGAAGGUUAUGCAGGACGCCAGAACUUCUUUGAGGUUUAUACACCCUCACGCACAGCUGUGGUUUAUGCGCAUGUAAGUGACUAGACAACAACGGCAAAAAGGCUGUCUAAAGUUGGAGCGCUAUACUCAUAUUAGUAGUUGUAAAAAUUUACAAAUUGUUUUAGAAAAAAAU